UUUAGUAAAGAUAAAUUAGAAAAAAAUACCUUAGGUAAUAUGAUGAAAGAAAUUGCACAUGCUUCUGGUAUUAAUGUUGAUGAUCAAAAAAUUACUAAUCAUUCAGGAAGAAGAACAGCUAUUCAACUUUUAUCAGAUCUUAAUGUCAAUGAGCAUGAAAUGAUGCAAUUUUCAGAUCACCGCUCAACUAAUGGACUACGUACUUAUAAAAAUCCUAAUGAUCAACAACGGCUUAAAAAUUUUACUUUGUUACUUAAUGCAAUUCAAGAAUCUCUAAUUAUACAACAAGAAUCUCAAAUUAUAUAUCAAGAAUCUCAAGUUAUGCAACAUGAAUCUCAAGUUAUGCAACAAGAAUCUCCA